AUGUUGAUCACUGAUUAUUACUGCAACUGCGUUCUCAACCCCGAAUGGGACCCAAUCGAGUUCGAACCUCAGAGCGAGCGGUCCCAAAUCCUGCGCCAGCCAGUCGAAUGUAUCCGAGCGAUAUGUCUCACACCCCGCGAGUUCAAUUUUCCAAACACCUGGACCUUUUUCCUAUCCACAUCUGAAGUAAACAUGACGGCGGUAAGACUGCAUUGUCAACCAACCUACGUGCGCCAACCCACCGUUCUUGAAUUUGGCUCCAAAGCCAACAUCGUGUUUCAAAAGAGAUCGACUUUGGUCCCACCCAAUGGGCAACUGACCUUUGUUCUGAGCGUGAACCCGGGAUUUACGGUGGGCGAUAUCCACGAAAUGAUUGUUGCGAAUAAUCGGCACAAAUUUGAGAUUGACGACGAUGGUUGGAAUGGCCGGACCUGGGUCUAUGAUCAAAUCGAUCUCUUCAACCAGCAUGGUAUUCUCGCCAACCAGGAUGAGGUCGCACUGUGUGACGAGAAGAAGCCAGCAUGCUCCAAAUGCAUCCAUCAUGCUAUCGAGUGCGACUUCCUUUCGACAACAUCUAUAUCACCAGCUUCAUCGUCUGCAGCUCCACCCCCAUCCAGGCCUUCAAAGACACAAUUCCGGUUCAAGCCUUCCAAAUACCAACCUGAGGAACGCGCACCCAAGGAUGAAACGAGCCAGCCAUCUUCGCAGACGGUCUCUACAGAAGUCCAACGCGAAAGUUCCAGCGCCAUACCACAGAUUCAGGAUACCCUCUCAUUUGCCGACCUACGACUCUUCCACCACUUCGUCACUGAGACAUACCGCACCAUAACGGACGAAGCAACUGACCACAAGCGAAUUUGGCAAACUCACGUUCCACAAUGGGGAUUCACCUUACCAUCCAUCUUCCACCUCAUAUUGGCGCUGGCAGCCUUGCAUCUGGGCUAUCUUCACCCCGAGGUACGAGACCAGUAUGUGAUGCAGGCGGAUGACCACUUCACCUUUGGCAUUCGAUCUGUGUCGGCUAUUCUAUCGAGCCUUAACUCAGGGAACUGCCAGUCGAUCUACAUGUCGACAGUGCUAGUAUGUUUUGUCUAUUUCGCACACGGUCCAAAACCCGGUGAAUAUCUUGUAUUCAGUGAGACGGGCAAGGCGGAAUGGCUGGUUCUUAUGAGAGGGGUGAGGUCGAUUUUGAUGUCUAGUCAUGACAAAAUCUUUACCGGGGUCUUAGAGAUUCAGCCCGACCCUGCUAUUCAGGGCGUCAGCCACUUGUUACAAGACGAGCUUGGGGAGCAUCAGUCUCGUAUUCAACAACUUCAACGUUUUAUCGAAACCCAAACUAGCGGGAGUUCCACGGGCCAGUUCUACAUCGGUGCACUUGAGAAAUUGCUCCAAAUGUUUGAAGAAGCAUAUCAGUGUCGAAGCGCUGGGAAGGAUGGUGUUCACUUGAUGCCCUUUGUCGUCGGGUGGAUAUACACGCGGCCUGAAGAGUUCAUCAGUCUUCUUGAGGCAAAGGAGCCCCUUUCAUUGGUUGUUCUUGCUUAUUGGAGUAUCCUUUUAAAGUUCAUGGGAUCCUCAUGGCUUAUGAUCGGUUGGGACCGGCAUGUCAUAGCAGGAAUCCGUGAGUGUUUAGCACUCGAAUUCCAUCAAUGGAUCGAGUGGCCUGUGAGUUUUAUUUGCGAUUGA